AUGUCGGAUUUUGCGGAACUAAUCGAAAAGGAAAGGAUAAACUGUUAUGAUUGCAGCGAAUUUAGUGAACCUGAAAAAAUCGCUGAUGGUGUAUGCAAGCUAGAGUGGAGAAACUUUAGGAUGACAGUUGCUCGGAAAAGCAUAAAAAUUAAUUUAAAUAAAAAGGAG